GCCGCGCCUGCGCCGUGCGGAAAGAUGGCACCUGCCGGCGGCUGUGGCAGCCUGGGCGGCGCGGGUGUUGGGGCGCUGCGGCCGCUGUUGCUGUUGCUGCUGCUGCUGCUACUGCUGCUCGGGGCGCUGGCCUGCACGCGGGCCACUGAACACUACUCGCCGCUGUCCCUGCUGAAGCAGGAGUUGCAGUACCGGCAGCAGCAGGAGGCCCCGGCGGGCGGCGGCUGCCCGCAGUCGGGGGACUGGGCGGACCAGUACCCAGAGUGCGACUCGUCCUUCUUGAACUUCCAUGAGUCUGACUGCGAACCCAGAGGCUCACCACCCUGUGACUCCCUGCUGUCUCUCAACACAGAAAAGAUUCUGAGCCAGGCCAAGUCUAUUGCAGAGCAGAAGAGAUUCCCAUUUGCUACUGACAAUGACAGCACCAAUGAAGAGUUAGCUAUUGCUUAUGUGUUGGUCGGCAGUGGUCUCUAUGACGAAGCAAUAAGGCAUUUUUCAACAAUGCUUCAGGAGGAGCCUGAUCUGGUUAGUGCAAUUUAUGGCCGAGGGAUAGCCUAUGGAAAGAAGGGACUACAUGACAUUAAGAAUGCUGAGCUUGCUCUAUUUGAACUGAGCCGAGUAAUUGCCUUGGAACCCGACCGCCCAGAGGUAUUUGAGCUGCGAGCCCAAAUUCUGUCCCCUCUGGGACGAAUUAAUGAAGCAGUGAAUGAUCUCACUAAAGCUAUUCAGCUUCAGCCCUCAGCACGGCUGUACCGACACCGGGGGACCUUGUACUUCAUAUCUGAGGACUACGCGACAGCCCACGAGGACUUUCAGCAGUCCUUGGAGCUGAACAGAAACCAGCCCACAGCCAUGCUGUACAAAGGCCUAACUUUCUUUCACAGAGGACUUCUGAAGGAAGCCAUUGAAGCCUUCAAAGACGCUCUGAAACAGAAAGUUGACUUCAUUGAUGCCUAUAAAAGUCUGGGACAAGCCUACAGAGAACUGGGCAAUUUUGAAGCAGCCACUGAGAGCUUCCAGAAAGCCUUGCUGCUCAAUCAGAACCAUGUGCAGACCCUGCAGCUCCGGGGCAUGAUGCUCUACCACCACGGCAGCCUGCAGGAGGCCCUGAAGAACUUCAAGCGCUGCCUGCAACUGGAGCCAUUCAACGAAGUGUGCCAGUACAUGAAAGGGCUCAGCCAUGUGGCGAUGGGACAGUUUUAUGAAGGGAUUAAAGCACAGACAAAAGUCAUGCUAAACGACCCUCUUCCUGGCCAGAAAGCCAGCCCAGAGUAUCUGAAGGUGAAGUAUCUCCGAGAGUACUCGCGUUAUCUCCAUGCGCACCUUGAUAUCCCCCUGACGGAAUAUAAUGUUGACACGGAUCUGCCAGGCAGCUUCAAGGACCACUGGGCCAAGAACCUGCCUUUUCUCAUAGAUGGCUACGAGGAGCAGCCCGGCCUACAGCCCCACAUCAGGGAUGUGCUGCAUCAGAAUUUUGAGGGUUACACACUUGAAGUUCAGGAGCUGAUCUGUGUGGCUGACCGCUUGGGCUCACUGAUGCAAUAUGAAACACCUGGCUUCUUGCCCAACAAGAGGAUACACCGAGCCAUGGGCUUGGCAGCACUGGAGGUCAUGCAGGCUGUGCAGCGCACAUGGACCAACUCAAAGGUUCGCAUGAAUGGAAAAACUCGGCUGAUGCAGUGGAGGGACAUGUUUGACAUCGCAGUGAAGUGGAGAAGGAUUGCUGACCCGGACCAGCCUGUACUGUGGCUGGAUCAGAUGCCAGCACGAAGUCUCAGCAGAGGAUUCAACAACCAUAUCAACUUAAUCAGGGGUCAGGUGAUUAACAUGAGAUACCUGGAAUAUUUUGAGAAAAUACUUCAUUUUAUUAAAGAUAGAAUUCUUGUUUAUCACGGAGCAAAUAAUCCGAAAGGCUUGUUGGAAGUCAGAGAAGCUCUGGAAAAAGUACACAAAGUGGAAGACCUUCUUCCGAUUAUGAAGCAGUUUAAUACCAAAACGAAGGAUGGGUUCACUGUGAACACCAAGGUCCCCAGCCUCAAAGAUCAAGGGAAAGAGCAUGAUGGCUUCACCAUCACUAUCACAGGAGAUAAGGUUGGCAACAUCCUGUUUUCUGUGGAAACGCAAACCACAGAGGAGAGGACACAGCUGUAUCACGCUGAAAUAGAUGCACUUUAUAAAGACCUGACAGCCAAAGGAAAAGUGCUGAUCCUCUCCUCAGAAUUCGGGGAGGCUGAUGCUGUCUGCAACUUAAUCUUAUCCUUAGUUUAUUACUUUUAUAAUUUAAUGCCCCUCUCUCGAGGAUCUAGUGUCAUCGCCUACUCGGUCAUUGUGGGAGCACUGAUGGCUAGUGGCAAGGAAGUGGCGGGGAAGAUCCCCAAAGGGAAGUUAGUUGACUUUGAAGCGAUGACAGCCCCUGGCUCAGAGGCCUUCAGUAAAAUAGCAAAAAGCUGGAUGAACUUGAAAAGCAUCUCCCCUUCCUACAAGACCCUGCCAUCUGUGUCAGAGACGUUCCCGACACUGAGGUCCAUGAUCGAGGUGCUCAACACGGACUCCACCCCACGGUGUCUCAAGAAACUCUAACUAUACCAGGGAAUUUGUACAGCGAAGGGCCAGGCCUCUUGCUUCUUAAGUUAUUUUUUAAAACAUGAAAUUAUUAUGGAAUUAGGUCCUUUAUUACUUUUGAUACCAAUUUUUGAUAGGAACUGAAUACUUGAAAUCAUUUUCUUUACUUUUUCUGAACCAUAACAGGAAUCAUGAAAACGGGUUUUUUGGGAAAAAGUUACUUGACCUGGAAGGGAUGUAUGUGUGUGUGUUAAUGGCAGCCUAUUGGUUUCCACGUGUUAAAUCAUACAAGUCCCUCCUUAGAGCAAAAAAAAAAAGUUUACUUCAAAAACCAAAAAUUAAUAAUUAAGAUGAUCAAAGCCAAGAAGAAGCAGGAGAGCCUUCACCCACUAGAGGUGUGGUUAUUCCUGAGACUUCCUCUCUGUGCACCUCCGUGGGGUGUCUCAACUGACGUGCCCCCAUAUGUGGGCCCUGCAUCCUGCCAGAACUGUGGAAGGUCCAAGGGCACCUGUGGGUCCCAUGGCUCACGGCCAAGAAUGCUGGCCAGAUGACGAAGACAGUAUUUGCCAAUGUCCCAUCACUGGAUUACUGAACCAUGUUUUUAUUUUCUUUGUUGGAAAAAAAAUAAACUGAGGUGAUUUCUGUAAA